UUAACCCCGUUCAAUAUGACAGCGAGUUUAUGAGGAUUUAAAAUUAAAAGUCGUUCUGUAAAUGAUUAAAUUAGAUAUUUCAUGUACAAAAAUGCCAUAAGGAACUAAUAAGAUGAUGGAAAUAUAAAAAAAAAACGAUAAAAAGACAAACGGCUCGUUUUAACCCGUUCUCUUUGAAGGAGUGAAAAGUUUUAACCACAAUAUUUGAUGAAAAACGUUUUCAAAUGCCAGUACAUUCACUUGGAUGAACACGAGCGGUGAUUCAAACGUUUACGAGCACGUUUACGGAAUAUCGGAUAUAUACGUGAACGACUUCAGACGAAUUGCGACCAAGUUCACACAUGUUUUUCUGAUUUCAAACUUUGUUUAAUACGUUCACUUACACGCGGACGGUUUGAGUGAACCACACGACCGGAUAUACACAGUUUCCAUACACGUGCUCGCUAUACCGAGAAUGCCGUUCUGCGGGCUGUCCUCGGGGUGGGCGAAGCUGACGCUUCUGGUGGUGGCAGCGGCCGCAGGUCUUCACUGCGCUGCCCUGGCCACGCCUUACUGGAUGAAGGCUGCCACCCUCAGCAAUUCUGUGAACAUCACUGUGGGUCUGUGGAAGCAGGUGAACUGUUCUCGGGCCAUCGGGCCGCCCUGGUCGCCCUGGUCGCCCUGCUACGGGCAGCCCCUAGCCGACACGUAUCAAACAUUACUUUUUAAAGUGACUCAAAUACUGGAGUGCGUUGUUCUCGUGCCUGCAGCGUGUUCACUGGUCCUCUGUGCUUACUACAUUACGUCACCGACGGUGCGCACGCAGACAGUUGUCGGCUGGUUAAUGGCGUUCACCUUCAGCUCGACCGCGCUAAAUCUUAGCGGGUGUAUAACCUGGCUUUUGAACCUCCCGAAUGCACAUUUCGCCUUCUGGUCCCUGGGUUUAGCCGCCUCCGCCGCCGCCCUGUUUUUCCUUGCAGGCAUCCUUAUCAUCCCGGACUUCCGGUCAUAUGACUAUCGCCGACUCCGAAAUCGCCGAGGACGGAAAGAACGGAAGGAGAAAGAGGUUACCGCUCAAACCAAAUAGAUGCAGGCAAUAACCAGGCAAUUUAGAAUCCUGAUGUGACUGACACCAGGGCAGUAAACAAGAGUUCAUUGCUUGUGAUUUACAUGCCAGACAUUCAAUAAACUAGGCAUUUUAAAAAUAUUGU